GGUUUAAACUGGAAUUUUCAAAAGGGAGAUACACUUGCCAGAAAUGAACGAAACAUAGGAAGAUAUAAUAAGUCCGAAAAAUACAACAUGGCUCCGGCAGGUUCGCUGCUUGCCCCCUUAAAUAUGAUCUCUGAGAAACACUUCUGAAAUCCGUAGUAGCGCAGCCCAGACAUCACGUAACCUUUCACCUACUUCCACUCAAUGCAUUGCUUUUUUUAGACUUCCGUGUGAAUAAACCUUAUUCAAGCAAAGGGCGAUUCCAGCAGCUUUCAGAAAUCUUACAUGGCAAUCGGUUCUGUAACAGGUUGUUUUGGAAGGCCUUUGAUGAAUAUGUGGACGAGUCUACUUGGCCGUUUUUCACUUGGGAGGCUGAGCCGAGGUGGUGUCAGGGCUCUGCAGAGGCAAGGAGAAGGGUGGAGACCCUGGAUGCCAAUGGGGUGUCGCUGGCGCCAGACACUCACGGCAGCACCCCUUCCUCAGGGUGUUGGCUCUAGUAUCAGGCAAGUUCAGGUAAUGGAUGUAGAGCGGCUGGUUCAGGUGAACUGGGAAGAUGGCAGCCACAGCUUUUACCCCUUCGUCUGGCUACGGGACAACUGCCAGUGCCCGGUCUGCACACUCCACUCGGCCAAGGCGCGUAGCCUUCUCCUGUCCCAAUUGGACAUUAACACCACGGUGGAUCGAGUCACACUAAUGGAGCCCUCCACGGUUUCUAUUGUGUGGCCUGACCAGCACACAAGUGAAUAUGAUGCAGACUGGCUCAAGAAAAGAUGCUUUUCACCUGAAGCAAGACGGGCACAGCAAGAGGAACUCUUUCUUAACAAUCGUGUUUACUGGGGCUCGGAUCUUCAGAUCCCCACUGCCAGCUUUGAGGAGGUGCUUCAUGAUGACAAAGCUGCCCUGGACUGGCUGAUGGAACUGCGAAAAGUGGGCAUCGUUCUCCUGAAGGGGGCGCAGUUGAAGCAGGGGCAGGUAGCCAGAUUGAGCCAGAGGAUCGGCUACCUGAGACUGACAUUCUAUGGGCACACAUGGCAAGUCCAGGACAAGCUGGGGGCGAAUAAUGUGGCCUACACCUCUGGGAACCUGUCUCUGCAUACAGACUACCCUGCUCUGCACCACCCACCAGGGGUCCAGUUCCUGCACUGCCUCACCCAAGCGCACCAGGGUGGUGAGAGUGAGGUGGUGGAUGGCUUCCAUGUGGCCAAUCAGUUGCACUGGGAGAAUCCAGAGGCUUUCCACACCCUCUCCACACUCCUGGUCGACUUCACCGAUAGUGGAGCUGACUACUGUGACUUCGCUGUGCAAUCCAAGAACCAUAUCAUUGAUGUGGACUGCGACGGACAGGUGGUGAGAAUCAACUACAACAAUGCUACCAGGGACUCGAUACUGGACAUACCUCUGGAGCAGGUCCAACCCUUCUACUCCUCUCUGAAAGCCUUUGUGGAUCUCAUGUACCAACCUAAAAAUAUCUUCACCUAUAAAAUGGAACUAGGUGAUGUGGCCACCUUUGAUAACUGGCGCUUGCUCCACGGGCGAAAGAGCUAUGUUUCCCACACAGAGAACCUGAGGCAUCUGGAAGGAGCGUACCUAGACUGGGACGAGGUGAUGUCUCGUCUGCGGAUCCUCCGUAAGGCUAUUCGCGGGGAGACCUAAACAUUCAAACCAUCGAGUCUCUUUCUUUUGGUCUGAGUCCUUUAAAUUGGCAUAUGGAGCAUCUGAAUUUCUGUCCUGUUUUGAAAAAAUCCUUAAUAAUAAAUGAAACGUGACAGAUAUGUUUAGCCCAGUUAUUCUCCUUUCCUCGUUAUUUCCCAGAACAACUAGUUCAUUUUUAAUUACAGUGCAAUUUUUGGAGUGUCCUUUGCAUGUAGUCUUGGGUAACUCCAUUGGAAGUAUAGAAAUUUGCUUUCAACAUCAUUCUUUUCUUGAACAGCUAAAAUAUCUUUCAUCCCUGGUAUCUUAUAAUGUUUGGUUAGCGGGCUCCUUACUUAUUCUAUUUACUUGUGUUGCACAACACACUUUCUGCUCCAGAAUGUUCAUUGCAGAAGGGUUUUGAUUAGCCUAUAACUGGGGAACUAUUAUAUAGUAGGCAUAAGAGCCAUAUUUUGAUAGAACAAUUGAACACUGUACACCCGCACAUCCUCAUAUUUAAGGAUUCCAUUACAGAAGCCAGCUGGAAUGCAAAGAGAACACAUUUUAAUAAUCUCCAUCGCUAAUAUUAAAAUGUACAUAAAUAUGCAAAAUAAAAAUUGUUUUUUUAUCCUCAUUUGAUGAAGUAUGAAAUGGUACCAAAGCCUGAAAAUGAAACUCUUUGGAGCCUUUAAAAAAGGACACAAACAAUAUAUGGACAAAUCUUAUAUUUAAGAUCUUAAUUUUGUGUAUUUUUUUUCUGCUGGCCUAUUUGUUACUAUGGUGUUUAAAUUCAUUUCAUGCCCAGUUGUAGGUUUUAAGUCCUCAAUUUGGUAAAUUAUUAUGCCCUGUAAUGGGUAGCCAGCCAUAUUCAAGUGUUUAAGGUAACUUGCCAUUUAGCUUGGUAAGAAAAUAUAGCAGUUGAAACUUAUCAUGCACACUGCUGUUGAGGGCGGCAUGAUGGUGCAGUGGGUACUCCAGUUUCCUCCCGCUGUCCAUAAACAUGCAGGUUAUGUUAAUUUGAGUCUAAAUUGUCCUAGGUUUGAGUGUGUGAUGACUUUGUCAGUGAAGGAUGUGUGUGCCCUGUGAUGGACUGGUGAACUGUCCUGGUAUAUUCCUUCCUCUCACUCAAUGCAUGCCGGGACAGGCUCCAGCACCUCCCGCGACCCUGACCAGGAAUAAGUGAGUAUAGAUAAUGGAUGGACAAUGCUGUAACUGGAGCUUUAAAUUGAUUAUUCCAUCCUUAUCCUUAAAUAUCUCAGAAGGAUAACCAUAAUUGUGGAAAUCCAAUACAGACUUUCAUGGCUGCAAUCUAAUUUGUAUGUUACACUGCCAAAACAUUGCUGCAAUAUUUAAUAUGGCUGUUUUUAAUGUGACAGUAGUUCUGUAGUUAUUCAUUGCCUGAAAGAAAGAAAGAAAGAAAGAAAGGCACCUAAUGCAGCAAUAAUUUAAUACCAUUUUUAAAAAUAUAAUUGACUAUAAAAAGGGACAAUAAUAUGUAAUAUGGAUGUGAAUUAAAUUGAAAGCACGCUCUGUGGAGUGCUGCAAAUGCGCUUCAGAUGUCUGGAUAAGUGACAUGGAACAUUACAAUACAACCCUCAAAACACAGAGAUUAUAUUUUAAAUUACAGUGACCAGGUUUCCAUGCUUUCACCAAUUACAACCCUGCUGAUUUCCCGUUAUUCCAUAACUGAACAAAAUUAUAUUAAAGAGCUUUAGUUGAACCCUACUGUUGCCAUAUAUUCUCUGCUCCGAUGCUUUAAACUUGUGCAUGAGCAAGUCUGUUUCCUCAGCAAUAAAUCUUUCCUUUCACAGUCUUACUACAUCCGCGAUUAUAAUAGCAAUCCACCAAGAUGCAAAUGCAGGUGGCUUUAAAGGGAAUGGGAGAUGACACUCUGAUUGGUUUAUCGCAUGUUAUGUUUAAGUGCCCAUUUGAACCUGGCACUUUACUUUGCACUCAAUUAUCUGCCAUUAAACUAGCAAAAGUGGAUUUUGACACACAUUAAAAUUAUGCUGUCAAACAAUGGGUUCAUAUGCUGUUUGAAUUGUAAAAAUGGCCAAUCGAGCAUAAAAAUUUAUUUUUUAAAUGUGAAAGAAAAAAGCACUUUAUUCUUUAAUUAUCCAUCAGGAUAAAAUUUUCUUUUAGAUUUCAAAAAGAUGUCAAAAGUUCAUGUAAACCGUGCAAGUUUUUCAGCUUGACUGCUUUCAUGUUUGUGUUCCAUAAAAUGCAUCUAUGCUAGUUAUGUCUCUCGUUGUACUGGUUAGCCGCCUUUUGGACAUGCAAUUAACACAGCCUGAAAGUUAGUCAAAUUCUGACAUGUAAUUCAACACUUAAAUAUUUGAACUUUUUUAAAGGAAUAUUUGAAUGUAAUUUUCGGCCAAUGUUGACAGCCCUGCCCUAAAUGCACUUGCGCCAUGCACUCUUGACCAUGUGCUAAGAUUGUUACAACGGAACCCUUGCGUUUACUGAUCAUCUGACUUAAAAUCUGCAACAUUGUGGGCUCCACCCUCUGUCAUUGGAGGGAAUAGCAUGCCUGGAAAUUGAGCACACCUGAGGUUAAUCAGGCAAUUAGAACCGCUAUGUAAAGAGCCUGCUUGAAUGCACCAGUCUGGAGAGAUUUUGUUGGAAUUCCUUGUUUUGUGAUGUUUAUUUACCUACUGUAAUUUUGCAUGGUAAAAAAUGUGCAAAAUUAUGAUACUAACUCAACUUCAAGUUAGACAUGAAACAAGUCAAGUUUUUCGUAUAAAGCUCCUCUAACACAUUCAAAGUUAAUCAAGAACAAUAAUGAGCCACUCUAGUGAUCACAUCACCUUUAACUCUGAAGUCAGAAGGCUCAUAGCCAUAGGUGUGAGUAUAGCAGUUUGCCUACAUUUACAGGCCAAAUGUAUAGGCCAAAAUACAAAAUACAGGGCAUGUUCGUUGCGGACCAAAGAUGCUUGAAAAAGCAACAGCUUGAAUUAUUAUUUUUGUCUCGUUUUGUGUCCAUUGUUGAUGGCGACAUUUACUUUCAUAUCUGUAACCAAACCGUCGUGCACUCAUGCGGGUUGUUUCAGGUAUAAACCGUGUAAACUCAGGUAUCGGAUAUGGGUCACUUUUAAAAGAAAACAGGCAGUCAGAAAAAUUGGAUGUAGGCAAAAAAUCAGAACUGGGCAUCAAGAUCUGCGGUGUAAACAUAGCCUUAGUCACAAGGCUGGGGACCAGAGGACAGUAUCUGGAAUUAAGAGUUUAGGAGUGAGUUCAGACAGGGUUCCUGUAAAAUUUAUUUUGAUGACAUAUAGCAUAACAUGGGGAUAUUUUGGCAUUAUGCUUCUGGGAGGGAGAAAACAAUGUUUUGCCUUGGUAAACCGCAUAUUCCCAGCGUUUACAGAUCCUACCUAAUAAGACAGGCUUCAUUGUGGAGAAGUACUCGUUUGUUGAAGCAGCACUAAGUCUUUAAUACAUUCACAGACAUAACAUGGCUUGUCUACUUAUAGUCUGUAAAAUACAGCAUGUAUUUGUGUUAUUUUUGGUUAAAUGUUCACUUUGUAGAUGACUGCUUAUAGCAUUUUAAAAACUGGAAAAAAUAAGUGAAAAUAGAACUAUGUCUUAUAAAUGUUUUUUUUUUCUUUCUUUUCUUUUAAUGGCUAUUGCUUGUUCAUUCGGUUCAAUGUAGAUCGCUUUAAAAUGUAUGUUAUAUUGAUUGAGAUGGGACUUGUCAAUCAUACACUCAGGUGGUUCCAUUCAGGUUAUUUUCAUAAUGGUUAUAUCAUAAUAGCCUUCAUAAUGAAUGUUUUCUUUUUUCACAAACUAGCUUGAGCUUUUGUCUUCACACUGUUAGUACUCAGGAAACCAGCUGAUAAGCUCUAAUUGGCAGAUUUUCUUAGCAUUAGUGCUGUCACUCAUGUAAUGACUAUGCUAUCACACUCUGAAAAUGUCCAAUCACUUUUAUUGUAUGCUAUCUAUUAUAAUGUUAAUAUAAAUAGUUUGAUAUAAUUCACAUCCUUCUUUGCAUUUGUCAAAAGAUGUGAGCUGGUGACAGUUUAUAGUUGUACAUUACUGCAAAUAACCCAUCUUUUUUAAAUUAUGACUAUGAUUCAUUAUUACAUGUGUGAUAUCAUGAUCCACUGCUGAGAAGAGUGUCCCUGCCUUUAUGGACUAGUGCCUUAUUUCGGUUUUAACAUAAUCAUAGAGUUUCAGGACAAUUCAGGAUAAUUGUUUUUAUUUAGUCAUCUUGUAUUUUAUCUGUUCUGUAUGUAGCAGAUUGACAGAAUAUUGUUUUGUUUUUUUUGAUUUGGUGCAGUGUAUAUGAUAUAAAAAUCAGGACAAAAAAUUAUGAACAUUAAUCACAGUUUGAAACAAACAUGGUGGCAGGAGGGUCCUGUGUAGUAUAGUAAUAUGCGUGCAAUUUAUAUGUCUGCUGCACAUUUAUGCAUGACUUUCUGUUUUGAGAACCUAAUAAAAGUUUUGAAAAUA